AUGGAGACGUGGCGAGUGGGGCGCACGCUGAGCGGGGCGCUCUUUUCGGCGGGCAGCUUGCCUGGUUCGCCCCUCCUGCGGUUCCGACCUGUCGGGCGCUGCAGCCCCACGGUCCCCGACGGACCCCUUGUCCUCAGAACGACGCCCUGCCCGCGUGGCCCCACCGGGGCGCCCGCCGCGCUGCAGGCUCCACUCUGCCCGGAGGACGCGCGGGGCCCGGGGCUGCGGGCCGGGCCGGGUCCCACUGGAGGCGCGCAGGUUCUGGCGCCCCAAGCCCUGACCCGGGCAGUUCCGGGAGCGGAAGCCGGGUCUCCACCGCCGGAGCAGCGGUUGAAGGGCGAGGAGGAGGCGCCCUCCGAGCCCUGCGCUCCGAACCACGAGCGCCGCCCACCCGGCCGGGGAGCAGCACGUAGCCCGCCCGCCCUGCGCCCACCUCCGCCGCGCCCUCCCCGCAGCUGGCCCGGCACGUCCGUGCAGAUGCUUCGGGGGUGCCGAGCUCCAGUCCCCCCGUCCUACCUGUCCCCGGGAGCGCAGCCACCCGCGCCCGUCCCUGCUCACGCCGGAGCGAAGGCUGGACGUUCCCUCCCCACCCAUGGCUGGUUCCUGCCCCGCCCCAGCACCCCCAGGCAGCCUCCGACACCCUCCCUGGACUGGUGGGUGGGCACUAGCCUGUGGAAAGGCCCCUUCGGUGACCAAGACCUCCACCGCCUGGAGUGGACACCAUGUUGGGGCUGCUCCUCCUCGAACCAACCUUUCUUGGGCCGGCACCCUCCCUGGCGCAACCAUCCUGUGCCAAAAUUUUUCUGCUCCCGGCCACCCUCCCAAGGCCCCUUACACACAACUCCCCUCCGCAUCCGACCGCCUCCUUCCCCGCUCCUCCAGCCUGGACCUCAGACACUACGGAGUUCCCAUCUUACCUCCAGUUAG